AUGUUCAAAACUUUCACAAAGCUCUCAAAGAUGAGGUUAUGGAGACCUGCAGUCGCUGUCGAUGUCAAUGAUAACAAUCUGGACCCUGGUCAAGUUCCCGAUCUUCCUUCUAUAAGCCAGGUUGAGGAAAUGCUUAUUGCUCGGGUUCAUGUGUUUGUGGAAAUCCGUCAGGUUCGCGGCCAGCAAUACAAGUACAAGGGUCAUGUUGUCAACUUCCUUCAAGACACUGACCGCAUUUACAAUAGUCUUCCGCUGCUGCCCAAAGACCUUGAUAUCAUUGUUUUGCGGCCCUCAAAUACGUCUGCUGAUCCCCGCCUCUCCCAUCAAUUCCGUCGCGAUUUCACUGUCCGAAAGGCUGUUGUUAAACAAUGGCUAGCUUUUCUUCGAGUUAACCAUCCUGGCUAUGCCAACAUCGAUAUUAACCAGGAGGCUCUAGAGGCAUUACCAGUCAAUGAGGAUGUUACUGAUCAGCUAAUGAUUGAAGAUAUUGAGGAUGCUCAGCUGGAUAAAGAGAUCAACUCUGAUGAUAUAAAUAAUUCCCCUGAGUGUGCAGCAGUGCCUGAUCUUCUUGCCUGCAAUGAAGAAGUGGAGCAGCUUCGCCAGGAAUUUGAACAGGCACAAAACCCUGAACCAGAUCUGCAGCUGCAACCACAGCUGCAACAGCCACAAAUUCUGCGACACGAGUUGACAAUGCCAUCCUUCUGCAACACUUCCCUUGACGAGUUCAACAACACUCAUCCUCUACUCUCUUGGGCAUUCCCAAGUCUGUUUCCCUAUGGAAAAGCUCAGUUUACACUUCCACGCCAGCGCAGUAUUCAGUUGGAGUUCGUGGUCGGUUUUGAAACCACACCUGAAUCAGAGGCAGUUUUAAACUCCAUUACUCACUUCUCAUUCAAUCUUCGUGGCACCCGCCCUUUCUGGGCAAUGAAACGCCAACAGUUGCAGGAAUAUGUUAAGAAUUUGCAAUCUCCUCAUCUAUUUCUUACCCUCUCCACUGCUGAUUACCAUUGGGACGACCUCAUGCGGCUACUUCCCAACUAUGAAAACUGGAAAAACGGGACUAGCUCCGAACGGAUUAAGAUCUUCCGCGAAAAUAUCUGUGACAACCCUGCCAUUGUUGCUCAUUGGUUCCAUCUCCGUUUUACUAUCUUCAAACGGGAAGUCCUGACCAAGAAAUUUGACAUUGUAGAUGAGUGGGACCGUUACGAGUGGCAGGGUCGCGGUUCCACUCACUGUCAUGGUGUCUACUGGAUCAACGGCAGCAUUAACUCUGAGGUUGGCAGGCUUGAUGAAACUGCGCGUCAGGCUUUUGCAGACCACUGGGGGAUCCAUAUUUCUGCGCAAAACCCAGAACCUGGCCGUCAUUUACGACCUGAAGAUGAGUGUUCAGCAAUUGCUUUGGCAUCUUUCAAUCAGCAAAAUACGUUUGGCCACCUACCUUCAGUGCUCAAUCGAGUUCAACGCCAUCAUUGCAGUGCUAAAUACUGCAUCCGCAAGGAACGCCAUCAGCAACGUCAGUCAUAUACAAUUCAAGAAGAAGGUCUCACUCGUGGUCUAUCAUAUCUGCAAAAAUAUAAACAGCGGCCCAAGGAAUUAGAAGAUCUCACCUUUUUUGAGUUUUUGCAGGAGUAUAACCACCGUCCCAACCGAUACAACAGACGAACCCGUGCAAACUAUAGAAUAUUAAUAUACUUUCCUAUUUACAAACCUCAAUCUCAAGCAGAGGAUUACGGGCGGGUGAAACCACUUUUGCAUCAUCCCUUUCAUGAAGUUGAUGAUCUCAAAACUCUUGAUCUACCUUCUUCUUUUGAUACAUUUGCAGAGGCAUUCAACUACUGCAAAGAGGCUCAUGUUCAUUCUAAUGAUGCCUAUGACAAUGACAUUUCAGAGCCAGAGUCUGAGUUUGAGGAUGUUGAUGUUGAGAAGGAUGAGCUGCAAAACUCAUUUAAUGAGCUUGCGGCCCUGCUUCCUGGUGAUCCCCGCAACAUUACAGAGUUGAAUGACCUCAGUUUCAUUGGCAACCGCUCUAUCGAUUUCCUCUCUGUAGCCCUGCAAAACAUGGCUGCAGAAAAUGAUAUCCCAUCUCCAAUUCUCCACACAGCUUCAACAGGGGUUGCAGCUCAUACAAUUAGUGGUCGCACUCUACAUUCCAUCUUUCACCUGCCUAUUAAGCAAACCUCUCGUUAUGAGGAGUUUAAUCCUCAAACUCUUCAGGCGAUGCAGGCCGGCAUGCGCAACAUUCAAUAUCUCAUCAUUGAUGAGAAAUUCAUGGUUGAUCUAUAUCAACUUAGCUGGAUCGACCAGACCUGCAAAGCAAUAUAUUCUCACAAUCAUCAUCUUUCUUUUGAUGGUCUCAGUGUCAUUCUUUCAGAUGACUUUUAUCAACUGCCUUCUGUUCUGCAAAAGCCACUUUUUCACAGUGGAGAACUUCAGAAUCCGGACGAGAUUAACGGUCGUAACCUCUAUUAUAAGUUCAACCAAACCAUUCAGCUCACGGUUAUCCGACGGCAGGAAGGAAAUGAUCAAGAAUCCAAUCAAUUCCGCAUGGUUCUAGAUAGUCUUCGGGAAGAGAAUGUCAGGACUCAGUUCCCAAUUACUAUUGCUUAUGCCAUUACUGUUCAUAAAUCACAGGGUCUCUCACUUGACAAAGCUGUUCUCAACAUUAUGAAGAAGGAUUUCACAUCUGGGUUGACAUAUGUAGCAGUAUCGCGGCUUCUUGCAUUCCCUGCGGCCAUUACUUUUGACCUACCCAUUCAUUCCUCUCCACCAUCAUUCUCACAACCUCCGCAGCCCUCCCAAGCUUCCACAGCGUCUCAAUCAGUGCAGGAGAGUGAUGAUGAUCCAUACACAGCCAACAUUUGA